UUAAGCGGAGCAGACCAAAAUCCCAAACAAGGAAAUGGUGGGGGAAUAAAACGACCAGAAUAUUUAAUUAAUGCAUGUAAUAAUUAAAUUUUUAUUUUAUUGUAAAUUAAGACGUAUUUAUGGGUUGAAAUGGAUUACGACUUCAAAACAAAGCUGGCGGCCGAGAGAGAGAGAGUAGAAGAUCUGUUCGAAUAUGAAGGUUGCAAAGUGGGUCGAGGCACCUACGGGCACGUUUAUAAAGCUAAACGCAAAGACGGGAAAGAUGAGAAGGAGUAUGCACUGAAACAAAUAGAAGGCACUGGAAUAUCGAUGUCUGCCUGUAGGGAAAUCGCUCUGCUACGAGAACUGAAACACCCGAACGUGAUUGCCCUGCAGAAAGUGUUCCUGUCCCACAGUGACAGAAAGGUGUGGCUCCUUUUCGACUAUGCCGAACAUGACCUUUGGCACAUCAUCAAGUUCCACCGCGCCUCCAAGGCCAACAAGAAGCCCAUGCAGUUGCCCCGAGGGAUGGUGAAGUCUCUUCUGUAUCAGAUUCUGGAUGGGAUCCAUUACCUCCAUGCCAACUGGGUGCUCCACAGGGAUCUGAAACCAGCCAACAUCCUGGUGAUGGGGGAAGGUCCUGAACGAGGACGAGUUAAAAUCGCUGACAUGGGUUUCGCCAGACUCUUCAACUCCCCCCUCAAGCCGCUGGCAGACCUCGACCCAGUGGUGGUAACGUUCUGGUACAGGGCCCCUGAGCUGCUGCUGGGGGCCCGGCACUACACCAAAGCUAUCGAUAUCUGGGCAAUUGGCUGCAUCUUUGCGGAGCUACUAACGUCCGAGCCGAUCUUCCACUGUCGCCAGGAAGACAUCAAAACCAGUAACCCUUUCCAUCAUGACCAGCUGGACAGGAUAUUCAGUGUCAUGGGUUUCCCCGCAGAUAAGGAUUGGGAAGACAUUAGGAAGAUGCCAGAGUAUCCAACACUGCAGAAAGACUUCAGGAGGACAACGUAUGCAAACAGCAGCUUAAUCAAAUACAUGGAGAAGCAUAAAGUGAAACCAGACAGCAAAGUGUUUCUGUUGCUCCAGAAACUCCUCACCAUGGACCCCACCAAAAGAAUCACAUCAGAGCAGGCGCUGCAGGACCCCUACUUCCUGGAGGAGCCGUUACCAACCACCGAUGUGUUUGCUGGGUGUCAGAUCCCCUACCCAAAACGAGAGUUUCUAAAUGAAGACGAGCCAGAGGAGAAAACCGAAAAGAACCAGACCCAGCAGCACCAGCAGACCACAGGUCAGACUCAGGCCCAGAACCAGCAGCAGACUGCAGCCCAGCAGGCUCCGUCCCAGCAGAACUUGACCCAAACCAACGGCACUGCGGGAGCCACGGGGGCCACCGCCGGCGGGGGUUUACAACACGGCCAGGACCAGGCGCCCCCCAACAAGAAACCUCGGAUCGGGGCCUCUGGGGCCUCCUCAGGCACUGGUCUGCUACAGUCAGAGUACCAGCACUCCGGCUCCCGCCUUGGUUACCAAAGCACCGUCCAAGGUUCCGCUCAGCCCCAGAGCACCAUGGGAUACUCGUCGUCAUCCCAGCAGAGCUCCCAAUACUCCCACCAGACCCACCGCUACUGAGGCUGAACCAGCAGAGGAGUGGGCUCCUCCUCCGAUCUGCGUGCCAUGGCAUCGCUCCCACAUCCUGGUUGGACCUUUCUCCGUGCAUUACGUCAUUCCAACGCAACCACCACUCCUCCCCCCCUUCACCUUUGACCUCUUUCCUGACUGCCAUUAGCGGCACUGUAACAUGAAGGCAAACAAACAGAACCAAAACAGCGCCAGAAGAGGUUGUGCCUUCUCGGGCUGGUGAACAUAAUGUAAAAGAGAAUCAGAAUCAGAAAUGUUUUUAAUGCCACAAUAAGGCUGCGUCCGAAAUUCCAUACUAACAUGCUAUUUCCUAGGCUAAAACAAUAUAUGAGGUUUUUUUUGUACGCCUGAAACCUUAGUGUGAAACCAAUAGUACGCAAAUUGCAUACUAUUUCCGGUAAAACAUUACAGUAUGCAAUACUGGACAGUACGCCGGCAUAAGUAUCCCACAAUGCAAUGUGGUAGUAACGACAACGUUCAAGACCGACAAAUGGACAGAAACCACGGAGCUCUGUAACGUCAGCAACGCUGAAAUUGACAUUUCUACAGAUUUAAACAACCGUUGAUCUAGUCAUUCACCUCUUUCAGUCAUUCAAUUGGAUUGGAGGUCGGCAGGGGUUACCGUGGUUACGUAUCUUCAACGGCAAGGAGGCUCUCAGGAAGUGACGUUGAAAAUUACAGCUCACUGUUCCCGAAAAAGAUGCACACUCUGUUUUAUUUACACAACGAUAGUGUGCAUGUCGAGUCUGUAGUGCAGAGUAUGCCAUUUCGGACGCACCCUGAGUUCCACUUGUGUAGGAAUUGGCCUCGGUGAAUGGUGCGUACAUGAUCAAACUAACAAAUGUGAAGGCGUCGGAACCUAUGGCACUUAAAGCACGUUUCUCACCCGGAACAACUGCAGCUGUGUUUAUAUAUACAUGUAUGUACAUUAUAUAGCACCUUUUUCUAUUUGAUUUUUUUUUUUUCACUUAUUUGCUAGAGUUUUCAAGUUUACUUUGAUAGUUAAUGUCAUUGUACAUAUUGUUACAUAUGGAAGUGAUGGGGAUGAAAGGAAACACAGGAGGAGAAAGCUCUUUACUUUCGUCUCUAGUGUAAUAUGACUUUGGAUAAUGAAAAGAAACGUUUCAGCUGACCCUGUCACACACACGUUUCUACACGGAGAAUAUCAGCACGACAGCUGAUGAAAUGGCAGGGAAAUAUUAAAUGUGCGGUUUAACGCAAUCUAGAUAUUAUAGGGUUUGUGUUAUUUAGACCGCUCUUUAUCUAGACUUGGAUUUGGAAAGUAAGAAAAGUAGUCGUCUUUUUUUACAGCUCUAAAUUCUCUGUCAGUCUGAUUCACUCCACUACCUAGAUGAGAAGCGUUUGACAGCCGAGCUUGGUUUCCCCUGACGACGGCAGCCUUUUUUAGGAGGUCGGACGCGCCUCUCGUAUGUGGCCAGCGGUUCCUCCGGAGCUGCCUGUGGCCACUUUGCUCUGACACCCAUCUGGUCGUGGACCCUCAAGACUUUUAAGGUUUCUGAACACAAAACGUGUGCAUAAACGUACUGGGCAGCUAACAGU